AUGUCUUCGGGAUUCGUGUCGGCUGGUACCAGUGACCAGCAAGUCGACCACCGGAGCGACGAAUGGAUCCAGGCGCAGAAAGAGUUGGAGGAGGAGCGCAAGCGCAAGGCUGAUAUCAGCAACCAAAAAGAUGGAAAGAGUCUAUUUGAACAAUUGGAGACAAACAAAAUGGCAAAACAGGAAGCAUUUGAUGAAAAAUGGCGCCUGAAAAAUCAAUUCCGCUCCCUCGACGAUGAUGAAUGCGAGUUUUUAGAUUCCGUGCUUGAGUCCACGCGUGUCCAGGAAGCUGCAAUUAAGAAGGAUACGGCCGAUCAGCUGGAAGCCUUUCGCAAACAACGCGAAGAGGCUGCACAGGCAUUACUAGAUUCGACUUCAUUGGAAAUUGAACCAGCGCUAGAUAAUGAAUGGUCCAUCCCUUCACGCAAGAGACGACGUGAAAAAGCCAAUAAUCAUCUGCUACUGACUGGAAAGAAGAGAAAGGCAUCUACAGGACAGGAGUCAGAUCAAGCUGAGAAAAAGACUGAUCCAUCUGGCACUUCAACUACAGUGUCAGGGGGUACACAAGAUUCGGCAGCUAAGGAUGUAAAGCAAAUAUCUGCAAAUUCGGAAAUUUCCAAGACAGAUAAGAGUCAAUCAGAUAAGCAGCCUUCUAAACCAGCCUCGGUCUCGCGCCCCCUGGUUGCAUAUGGAUCUGAUUCUGAUUCUGAAUAA